GUUAUGGAGUUUACUUGCAAGGAUUUCAAGGUUGGAAAAUGCGAAGGAGAAAAGGUGGUGCAUGGCGAGACGAUGCCGCUUGUGCUACAGCCACCAGCGCCCGACAAGAGCGACUUGGACUCACUUCUGUUGGCUCUCAAGACAAACAAAGACUGGUUUGAGGCGAUGAUUAUAAAAAAUAGCGCAGUCCUUCUUCGAGGUUUCGAUGUGAAAAAUGCUCAAGAUUUCAAUGAGAUCGUUGAAACCUUCGGCUGGGAUGAUAUUCGUUACGUUGGUCCAGCGCCGAGAACCCAUAUUUAUAAACGAGUGUGGACGGCCAAUGAAGGGCCUCUCUCUGAGUUCAUUUACUACCACCAUGAGAUGGUUUUGAUAAAGGAAUAUCCGUUAAAAGUGAUUCUUUUCUGUGAGGUGCCACCGCCAGAAGGCGGAGAAACGCCCUUUGUUCCAAGCUUUAGAGUAACAGAACGUAUGCUGGAAGAAUUCCCAGAAGCUGUUGAGGAAUUGGAGCGCAAAGGACUAAAAUACACCUUCUUAGCUCCUGGCAAUAAUAAUACUUCCUCCAUGAGAGGUAGAGGAUGGGAGGAUGCUUUUGGUACAUCAGAUCCUCAAGAGGCUGAGAAGAGGGCUAAAGCUCUAGGGAUGGAGAUAGAGUGGCUACCAAAUGGUGGAGUGAAGACAAUAUUGGGGCCGCGAGCGUUGACAAAGGUGUUCGAUGGAAGAAAAGGGAGGAGGAUGUGGUUCAACACUCUUGUAGGCAUGUAUGGGAAGGAGAUAAGCUCAGCUACAAUGGCAGAUGGGACAGAGAUACCUGAAAAUGUAGUGAAGAGAUGUGAAGAGAUAAUUGAAGAAGAGAGCAUCCAGUUUAAGUGGCAGAAGGGUGAUGUUCUUUUCUUGGAUAACUUGGCUUUGCUCCAUGGAAGAAGGCCCUCUCUGCCUCCAAGAAAAGUCCUAGUUGCCACAUGCAAGUAG